AAUACACGAGAGCCUCGAUUACUUGGAGGGCAGAGCUACAGUCUUUCACUCCUGUUACCUCUCUGCAUGGGCCAGUACUGGUGCAGGAGCAAAGUCAUCGGUGGUUCUCGGCCACUUCGUCCUACCACCUGCCUGCCUGCAAGAAGAAAUCAGGAGGAAAAUUGGUAGUUUUAUUUGGGAGCAGAUGGAUGAUUCAGUUGCAGAACAGCCCAGUGAAAAUCUGACAGAUGAACCGGAGGCAGUGAGAAAAGACUGUGAGAAAGAAGCAGAGGAGGAUGUGCUAGACCUGGCUGAAAGUGAAGAAGAAACAGGCUCCAGAGCACAUGGCCAUGGGGAAUUUCCAUACCGGGCCCUCCAGGAAUAUCCGAUGAAUAACAUGGUGACAGGCUAUGCCUCUGCUCGCGACAUGAAGAAGUAUGUCGGAGAGCUCCGCGAUUUCAUUCCCGGGACCUCGGGCUACACGGUAUAUUGGAUUCAGAAUGAAAUUAACAUUUACUCUGACAUGAAGACUAGAAUGAAGAGAAAAUUCUAA